UUGUACUUAUUGGAGACUCUGGAGUAGGCAAGAGUAACCUUCUGUCUCGAUUCACUCGCAAUGAGUUUAACUUGGAAAGCAAAAGCACCAUUGGAGUAGAAUUUGCAACAAGAAGCAUUCAAGUUGAUGGGAAGACAAUAAAGGCUCAGAUAUGGGACACAGCGGGGCAGGAGCGAUACCGAGCUAUCACAUCAGCGUACUAUCGCGGAGCUGUAGGGGCAUUAUUGGUGUAUGACAUUGCCAAGCACCUCACUUACGAGAAUGUAGAGCGAUGGUUGAAAGAGCUGAGGGACCAUGCUGACAGCAAUAUUGUAAUCAUGCUUGUGGGAAACAAGAGUGACCUGCGCCACCUGAGAGCAGUGCCUACAGAUGAGGCCAGAGCUUUUGCAGAGAAGAAUGGUUUGUCAUUUAUUGAGACGUCUGCUUUAGACUCUACAAACGUGGAAGCAGCUUUCCAGACUAUUCUGACAGAGAUCUAUCGUAUUGUUUCCCAGAAGCAAAUGUCGGACAGACGCGAGAACGACAUGUCUCCAAGCAACAACGUGGUUCCCAUUCAUGUCCCUCCAACCACCGAAAACAAACCAAAGAUGCAGUGCUGUCAGAAUAUAUAGAAUCGUUGGUUCUUUCCUAAAAGGCUGUGUAUAUUCCCCGGGUCCGAGAUUUAAAUAUAUUUGUAAUUCUCGUGG